CCGGGAGGCACGCUGUUCGUGACCACCCUCAACCAGACCCGAUCCUCUUUCCUCUGUGGGAUUGUUGCGGCGGAAUACCUGCUGGGCCUCGUUCCACGUGGUACGCAUGAUUGGCGGAAAUUCAUCGAGCCCAGUCGGUUGCAAGCGGCGCUCAUCAGAAACGGAUUUCGUCCGCAUCAGUUGCUUGGUAUGACCUACAACCCGUUAACCGCGUCGUGGAGUUGGACAAGCAAUUUGUCUGUCAAUUACGCUCUCACAGCAGUCAAACUGAACGAGGAAGCGCGGAUGGAGACAGGACCGGGGAAUACAGAUCCGCAACCACACUCCGUUCAGUGA